AUGCUAGGAUUUAAACCUUGUAUCAUUGAGAAACGUCAUCAGCUGGGUGGAUUACAAAACGACAGCCCAUACCUUAAUGAAUGGAUAGCUGCUGUGUCCGGACUGACCGGUAAAGAAGUGGCUCUAACUAUACAUAAUAACAUUUUGAGUCACGGCAUUCGUUGUUUCUUUGAGAGUGAAGUAAUUCAUGUUGAAUGCACCCAGACUGGAUUUCGGGUUGAAUUUGUGGAUAAGGAAAAAGUACAUCAUCUGGUAGACUCUUCAUUUCUUGUUAUUGCCACAGGCGUUAGUCCAGCAACUGGUGAUUUACAAGAAACCGAUCGCCUUCUCAUUGGUCCUGGUAAUAAAAUUUCGAAUCACGAUUUUACUAAUAAAUCGGUAGCGAUACUCGGUGGUGGUGAUAGUGCUUUUGAAAACUAUGAAUUCAUCAAAGCAAAGCAACCUUCUUAUGUACAUAUUUAUGCACGUAAUGACAAAGAACAUAGUAUACGUGCCAGACAAGAAUUUACCGAUCGAGUGCCAGCAGUUGAUGUACGUCAAUAUGAGGGUGCGUGCCACAUUGAUACAGUGUCUAAUACAGUGAAUGGAGAAAAGUAUGACCGUAUUAUAGUACUUUAUGGUUGGACAGCAUCGAUACCCUUUAUGGCAAAGUUUAAUGUUGAAAAAACUGCUAAAGGCUUUGUUGCGACUAAUGGUGCGACUUAUGAAACGUCAGAAGCGGGAAUCUAUGCCAUUGGUGAAGUAGCACAACGCGUCCAUCCAUGUUGUGUAACUGCAAUGGCAGAUGGUGUUGUUGCUGCGAAAGCAAUUCAAAAGAAAUUAGAAUUGAGAAACAAAAAAUAG